UCAUGCUGUAGAGUCAAAGAAGAGAAACAGAAUUGAAAUUGGAAGGGAAUAAGCAUUAAGCAGAGAGAAAGAGAGAAUCUAAUCGAAACGAAGAGAAGAAGACCAUUUAUCUUCUGAUUUGUGAAGAACCUCACGAUCCAAUCCAAUUGCAAUCGGAAGCAUUCGAUUGCUUCCGAUAACGGUAACGCUAAUGGCGUCGGAGACUGAUAUUUCUCCGGCUGAUACUCGCCGGGCUCCCGGCAAGGAGCAACAAGCCGCCGGCGUCGGAAUCCUUCUUCAGAUCAUGAUGUUGGUCUUGUCUUUCGUUCUCGGCCACGUUCUCCGUCGCAAGAAGAUUUACAUCAUCCCCGAAGCCAGUGCUUCCCUUCUCAUAGGUCUAAUUGUUGGCAUAUUAGCUAACAUUUCAGACACGGAAACUAGUAUCAGGGCGUGGUUCAAUUUUCACGAGGAAUUUUUCUUUCUGUUCCUGUUACCUCCCAUCAUAUUUCAGUCUGGGUUCAGUCUUGCACCUAAACCCUUUUUCUCAAAUUUUGGAGCGAUUGUGACAUUUGCUAUUUUUGGUACCUUUCUAGCUUCAGUUGUAACGGGUGUCUUGGUCUAUCUUGGUGGGUUGCUCUUCCUCAUGUAUAGGCUCCCAUUCGUUGAGUGCCUGAUGUUUGGUGCUCUCAUAUCAGCAACUGAUCCUGUUACUGUUUUGUCCAUAUUUCAGGAGCUGGGCACAGAUGUCAAUCUAUAUGCAUUGGUUUUUGGAGAAUCUGUUUUGAAUGAUGCAAUGGCAAUUUCUUUGUACAGGACAAUGUCAUCAGUUAGAGCUCAUCCAUCUGGACAAAAUUUAUUCAUGGUUAUUGUUCGAUUUUUGGAGACUUUUUUUGGGUCAAUGUCUGCAGGUGUUGGAGUUGGAUUUAUUUCUGCUUUACUAUUUAAGUAUGCAGGAUUGGAUAUUGACAACCUUCAGAACUUGGAGAGUUGUCUUUUUGUUCUUUUCCCAUAUUUCUCGUACAUGCUUGCUGAGGGCCUUGGCCUGUCUGGUAUUGUAUCAAUACUGUUCACAGGAAUAGUUAUGAAGCAUUAUACAUUUUCAAAUUUGUCACAAAGUUCGCAAAGAUUUGUCUCUGCUUUUUUCGAGUUGAUAUCUUCUUUAGCUGAAACAUUUGUAUUUAUAUACAUGGGCUUUGAUAUUGCUAUGGAACAACAUAGCUGGUCACAUGUUGGAUUUAUAUUCUUCUCCAUUAUAUUCAUUGGAAUUGCAAGGGCGGCAAAUGUCUUCUCUUGUGCUUAUUUGGUCAAUCUGGUCAGACCGUCUCAUCGAAACAUACCUGCAAAACAUCAGAAGGCACUUUGGUAUAGUGGGCUUCGAGGUGCAAUGGCUUUUGCGCUUGCUUUGCAAUCAAUUCAUGAUCUUCCAGAAGGACAUGGACAGACCAUCUUCACCGCCACUACAGCAAUAGUUGUUUUGACGGUAUUGCUGAUUGGUGGUUCAACAGGUACCAUGCUGGAAGCUCUAGAUGUUGUUGGUGGGGACAGUCAUAAUGAUAGUCCUUUGGCUUCAGUUGGUACCAUGACAAAUUUCGAUGGAAACCAUGGAUAUAUUGCUCCUUCUUACGAUGAAGAAUCAUCAUCAGGCAACAAAAUCAAGAUGAAGCUAAAAGAAUUUCACAAGAGUGCUGCAUCUUUUACAGCAUUGGAUAAAAACUACCUCACCCCAUUCUUUACAAGUCAAAAUGGAGAUGAAGAUGAUGAAGGUAAGUUUUAUUUUAAAUUUAACUUACUUAGUUUUAUUCUUGUCGAAGAAUUGAUGAAGUAAAUUGGUAGACUAGGAAGCAUGGGUCUGACACAAAUACAGUUUGAUACAAACAGACAUAGAUAUGACAAAUUUUAAAUAUCAUAGCAUAACUAUAAUAUAAUGUAUAAAAUUAAUCUAAGAUUAACAUAAAAUAAAAAGUAAACAGCAGGAGAGAAUCUCUGUUUAAAAAUGAGCAUGAGUCAUUGUACUGAUUGUUGAAGUGGCAUCCUUGUUAAAGAAGUUGAAGUGACAUCCCUGUUUUCAAGUAUUUAAGAUCAUGUCUCUAGGAAGUAAGUUUGAAGGAAAAGCUGUAUAGUUUUCUGGAACCGUUAGAAGUCUCUACUCGAGGCUUGUGAACCGACAACUUUCUUUGACCCAUAAAAUAAAUAUACACAAAUAGAUUAUUUGCUCAUCGGGAGUUGGCUUGCAAUUUUCAUGGAAUAUUUCAAGUAGCGUUUCUAAUGAUUAUUUUUCAUUAAUGUUCUUGGAUGUAUUAUACUUAAACUUUAUGAAUGAUUGUCUUAAGUGUGGCCG